UUUCUCCUCCGUUGCGCGAGAUUCACCACGACAUCGUACACCCGCGCCCUGGGCCUACUCGACCUCCCCAGCCAGAAGCUUCGCACAUUCCUGCGACGCUGAGGCACCGGCACAUUUCCAAUCGUGCCCGACACCUUGAGCAUUCGGGUUGCCGCCUCGGUAGCUUGCAGAGGAUGUCGCCGUCCGCCCGCAACGCCAAUGUCUUCCGCUUGAGAAGCGCAGUGCUCGGGCUGGCCAAAGCCUUGUUCUUGGGAGUUGCUGCAGCUGCUCCAACCUCCAGGAUCACACCUCGCGACCACCACGACAAUGCCCCCGAGGCUGAAGGUGGCGCGCUAUGGAUCCUCUACAUCGUCUCCAUGGUCCUGGUUCUUUCCGGAGGCGCUUUCGCUGGUCUAACAAUAGCGCUUAUGGGCCAGGACGAAAUUUACCUCCAAGUUCUCUCGACCGACCCCGAAGAGUCGCAGCGCAAGAAUGCGAAGCGCGUUCUCGAUUUGCUCAAGAGAGGCAAGCACUGGGUGCUGGUUACACUGCUACUCUCCAAUGUCAUCGUCAACGAGACGCUGCCCGUUGUGCUGGACCGAUGCUUUGGGGGCGGCGUUGCUGCCGUCGUUGGUAGUACCGUGCUCAUUGUCAUUUUCGGUGAGGUUUUGCCGCAAUCAGUCUGUGUCCGUUAUGGUCUGCAAAUCGGAGGGUAUGCGUCGAAACCCGUCCUCGCUCUCAUGUACCUCAUGUCACCCAUUGCCUGGCCGAUUGCAAAGCUUCUCGACUGGCUCCUUGGCGAAGAUCACGGUACCGUCUACAAGAAGAGUGGUCUGAAGACCCUCGUCACUCUUCACAAAUCCCUGGGCGAGAUUGAUGAGCGUCUCAACCAAGACGAAGUGACAAUCAUCAGUGCCGUGCUCGAUCUUAAGCGCAAGGCUGUAGAAGAUGUCAUGACCCCGAUGGAUGACGUUUAUACAAUGUCUGAGGACACAGUGCUUGAUGAGAAAACCAUUGACGAGAUUCUCGAUGCUGGCUAUUCCAGAAUCCCCAUCCACCAGGCCGGAAACCCGAACAACUUUGUGGGCAUGCUCCUUGUCAAGAUCCUCAUCACCUACGAUCCUGAAGACGGCAAGAGAGUCAGAGACUUCGCCCUCGCCACUCUACCCGAGACACGGCCGGAAACGAGCUGUCUCGACAUCAUCAACUUCUUCCAAGAGGGCAAGUCGCACAUGGUCUUGAUUUCUGAAUAUCCAGGCGAAGACCACGGCGCCCUCGGAGUCGUGACCCUCGAGGACGUCAUCGAGGAGCUCAUUGGCGAAGAGAUCAUUGAUGAAUCUGAUGUGUAUGUCGAUGUGCACAAGGCCAUUCGUCGCGCUCACCCUGCACCCAAGGCACGCGUUCAACGGAAAGAGAACACCGGCAAGGAGAACACCGCCGUCGACGACGACCAGGUCGAAACGGAAAAUGAUGUGAUUGACCGGACUCUGGGAAAGCGACCAAGCCUCGUGGGGGAACGCCCCAGCCAGAUCCUGUCGUCCAGUCCUAGAACUAAUGUGUUGAUGCGCCGCAGUUCCGCUGGGCACGAUGGCCACACUGUCCGCGCGGCCGUGCCCAUCAAGGCCAACUAUGAGGAAAUGCUGGACCACUUCAAGCAUCUGGGUCCCUCGAACCCUGCAGCGAACCCUAAGAGCACCCGAGUUACAGCUGUCAAGAUCAAACCAGGAAUGGGCCAUAAUCACCGGUCCGACUCUGUUGCCACCGCGGAACACAUCCCGGAAUCCUCGCAUGAAGCCGAUGAACAAACAAGUCUCUUGCGACCCACAAACCUUGACGGUGCUGACGCCCCAAAACGACCCGCCUACGGCAGCACACCUACCGCAGGCGAGAGCUACGCCGAUGCCGUCAAGCUCAAUGUCAAGAUCGACGAGGCUCCGAACGAUACGUCGCACCAAGACAACUCGCCUUCAGGCAGCUCAAGUUCUGGCCGUCUCGGCGGCAUCGAGCGGCGGACUACGAAGCGCCUUGCGAGAAGCGGAAGCAUCACGGAGAACGUCAUUGAGGCCGACGGCGUCCGCAAAGUGGUCCUUGAACUCUCGAGCUCUAGUGAGGGCGAAGUCGAUGCCGAGGUAGCUACUCACGCCGAAGUCUCAAUUACAAAUGGCAAUGGUGAAGGCUCCGGCUCGGCCAACAAGAAGAACAAGAAAAAGAAAAAGAAGGGCGGCAAGAAGUGAGGGUAAGAAGUGAGGACGAGUUAGGUUGUGUUGCGCACUGUCUGCUGUCGUCUGGUUAUAGCCAGGCAGCAAGGUCUCUCGUUGUGCGUGCAGUCAUACAUCUCGUACGGCGUCCAGACGCCGGGGUCUCCAGAAAUGUAAUUGUCGGUGAAAGAAGAGCAGUGAACCCCACCAUAUUGGUAGCUGCUGUAUGAUCAUCUUUAUCCUCAAAGCGUCGUGGUUGAGCCAUAAUAUAACAACAUCCUACCCAUUGAAAAA